UAAACCAAUCUUACUUUCUACAAAAUACUCAACCGCUAAAUCACUAAACCACUAUUACCUAGUAAACUACCAGAUCACCGAAACACUUCCAUGAAUAUACACCACCAAACACUUAGCUGACUCUCGUCCAUAUCGCUUUCAACAUGGACGCGAGCUACCUUUCCCAGCAAGUCAACACCAUUAUCGGUCAGCUGCAUGGCUUAUUUGACGAGAUUGGCGUUGGUAGCCAUGAUCGCGAAAGCAGAGAAGCCGAGCUCUUCGCAGCGCUCUCGGAAACCCUCAACAACCAGGUUAAGCAGGUAACAGCCGAGAAGAAGGGGUUAGUAGAGGAGGCGCAGCGAAUUAUUACCACAAUUCGUCAGAUGGAGGCUUCUCUCGAUGGAGCUCGCUCGCAAAAUAACUACGACGAUGAUGAUCUUCGCAUUACCUAUCCGCUUACACGAUGCUUGCCGAUGUUAAAGGAGAAGCAUAAGCAAAUAAGCAAGCUGCAUCGUGAGCGAUUCGAACAAGUCAAAAAACUUGUUCAGGCACUCGAGUCCUAUUCCUCGCACCUCGAGCCGAGCUUUGUUCAGAUUGCUUUACCGCCGACUGGACAGAACCAAUCCAUCCCUCCUACAUUUGACAUCUCCCCUGCCUAUGUCAACGAACUUGACGACGAAUUUACUCGAGUCUAUGAAGAGUAUACUCGACGAGUUUCGACCGUCAAAGCUAUAUGCGAACACAUUAUUCAAUUAUGGGCGGAACUAGGCACGCCACAAGCACAGACCGACGGCACGAUCGUCAAGUAUUAUCGCGAUGCACCCGAGCAGCUUGGCCUACAUGAAGAAGAUUUAUCUAGACUCCGCAAUAAAAGAGACAAGCUAGCAGACGAGAAGAAGAAUCGCGAGAAGCGCUUGAAAGACCUUAAGGUGUCUGUCGAGGCUCUCUGGGAUAAACUAGGCGUCGAAGAAUCGGAGCGUAGGGCGUUCUUGAACGGUAACCGUGGUUGCGGCGUACGGCAAAUCAACGAGUUCGAGGACGAAUUAGCAAGAUUGAACGAGCUCAAGAGACAGAAUCUCCAUCUAUUCGUGGAGGAUGCGCGUUGCAAGCUCCAAGAGCUAUGGGACGCGCUGUACUUCUCAGAGGACGAGAUGCUCGAAUUUACGCCAGCGUUCUCGGACGUCUACAGCGAUGCGCUAUUAGAAGCCCACGAACGCGAGAUCACCCGACUGGAUACCUUGCGAGAACAGCGUGCUCCUACUCUAGCUUUGGUCGAGAAGCAUCGUACCCUUGUCCACGAACGUGAUGAGCUUGCUGCUUCCAGCCAAGAUGCGUCUCGAUUAAUGAUGCGCGGCCAGAAGGGAGAACGCCGAGACCCUGGUAAGCUAUUGAGGGAGGAGAAGAUGCGAAAGAGGAUUACAAAGGAACUCCCCAAGAUCGCCGCAGAGCUUGUCAAGUUGCUUGAGAAAUGGGAGGACGAGUACGGUCGCCCAUUCCUUGUUCAUGGAGAGAGGUACCUAGAUCUAUUGGAACCUGAAGCCCCAAAACAGGCCCCCGGUCCUAGAUCGAAGACCCCGGCAGGCCCUCCUCCGUCAGCAAACAGAGGCAUACAGAGAGCAGCAGCGCCACCCAGCCGAGGCAACAGCACUGCUACCAAGGGGGCUGCCAUUAUACGAUCAAAGACACCGACCGCGAAUAUGAAUGGGAAUGGAAAUGGGAACGGUACGAUCAAGAGAACACCUGGGCCUGGUCAUAUACCGAAAGAUUCGAAGAGCAGCCCGACUAAAAUACCGGCGCGAGUUCCUUUGUCGAAUCUUAAGCACGGUAGCAACUCACCUGAGAGACCUCGACCUGACUCACGAGCUCAAGGUGUCUUACGCGUGGGCCCUCCGCUUACACGCGCACCUCCUCCCAAGAUGAGAGAGCUUGGACCGCCUCCCGAGUUGGAAACACCAACAAACCCCUACCGCAACGUCGGGCUUGGUUCAGGUAGCUUUGUUCGAGCAGUCGACCCCGAGGACGUGUACAAUGAUCAAGUCUUCGACGAUGCUCCAUACAAGCAAAGUUCGUAUCAGAUUUAUGCAAAGUCCCAGCCACAUCAUAAUCUUCAAAUGGCCAUACACAGCGAGCGUCUUGCCCAAUCCGCAUAUCCUCAGGCGCCUCCCCCUAGACAGAUCUCGAACACCUCUACAGCUGUGAGCGGUUCGGAGAAUUGGGAGACUUAUGAUGACAAUUCCGAGCCUGAGGAGGACGCGUCUGAUGCUUAUUACGCUAAGGUGAGAGCUGCGAGAGGGAAACGCUUUACGCCCGAGAACGGCUAUCCGAAUCCUCAAGCAAACCAGCCUAAGCGACAGCGAGGCAUUCCCCCUGCCGCGCAUACUGGGGACGUUGUAGACGCCGAGGGCAACCGCAUCAUUUCAGGUAGUGAGUGGACGGAUGAGGAUGCCUACUGAGCCUUCAAUUAUUCUUGGUGCUGGACGAUAACGAGCUCCGACAAGUUACGCAAUUAUCAGUUACGAUUCAUUGGAUGUCUCUCACGAUUAGUCAUCAGCAACGGCGCCAUUCCGGAAAUUCUUCACAUUAACAUUCUUGGUCAGAUCUUGACACUUUCGAUUUUCACACACUUCUU